AUGGUCGUAAUCGUCGCGGUGGAAUUGGAUCAACACACACGCGUGUGUGUGACCGAAAAGGUAGAGGUACACAGCCACCACCUCUCGGCUGCUCUCAACUUCAUGUACCGCGACAAUGACCCGCCGGGGCUGAGGCAUACGGCCAGCCAUUUGAAGGCGGCGAACGCAAGACAAUUAAGAGAGGAUGUAAUCGCGAACAUAUCUACGCGUGCACCGUCACAAUCCAUGCCCACGCGCCCGCUAGCACCAACGACCGUCAACCGAUCUCGCCCGCUUCCCCCUCCGACGAACUCACACUCGACCCGGGACACUGCCAUCGUGCUCAGCGAAGGCUCAGAAACCGAUGAUUCCGACAUUCAAAUCAUUUCCGAGUCGUUGGUGAAGCGUGAUACUGUCACACCGCACGAAGACAGGGCCGCGUCGUCUGUGUCUGGGCGCGGCAACCGCAAGCCGGCGUCGGCGAGGAGUAUUACUGCCAUCUCGGACGACGAGGACCAAAAGCCGGUUGUCACUGAACGUUAUGGUCGACCGGGCUCGAAGACAAAUCCACUGGCACCCGGAACGCCGAGCGUGAGGAAGAGGAAACGCAAGCCAGAGAGCGUGAGCGCGAGCGCGAUAGAAGAUGCAAGACCGCCGAAAUCUCUCAAACGCGCUCACACGCUCGCGUAUAUCCCGACGAGAAGAGAACCCCCAAUGAGAAUGUCAAUCGCAUCGUCGAUGGCGAUGCCAAAGCGCAUGCUAUCGAACCCUACACACAUCAAGAAGGAACCCGAGAUCAUUGACCUGGUUGAAUCGGACGACGAUGUCGAUAUGCCACGCGCACAUGAUGUUUUGGACAAACAGGACGUGAAGGAAGAAGAGGAGUCUGAUCCUGAAGAUGAUUAUGACGCUUUUUGGGAAGAUCCUAUUGAAGUCGAAGAGCCUGCAGAGAACUACGAAGAACCUACCCCAAUCGCCGAACCUGAUCUGUCGCUAGGAGGGAUGUUUCAAUCUAUGCAUCUUGGUCGAGGGCAUGUCCCGCGGCGGAAGAUCACAUUUGAAGGUUGGCAUGGCACAGUCGAAUCCAAGUUAGAUAGAUGGUAUGAGCUUCCUCGAAGUCAGCCGCGUGCCCGAUUCCGCGAGCAGCGACCUUCAUUGGUUGAAGCAGUUGGCUUCGACCGUUUGACGGAGAAACGCAGGGUUAAACAGUCAGGAGGAUCAAUUAACAUGAUCUUGCAACAUAAUGGGAGGGUAGUGGUCUGCUCUGCGACGCCAGGUGGCGAAUCAAGUAAUGCGUCAGAGCCAGAUCCAUAUAACAGGGCAGGAACACUCAUAAGCUGGUCUCAAGUUGAAACGAUGGCGAAUCCUGCAGAUGUGGUCGACCUGGAGCAACAGCAGCUUGGACAGGCCGAAAAUGUGCCCCACAACACCGUCAAGUGCAUAGCAUACGACCCUUAUUCCAAUGUUUUAGCAGCUUCUAGCGGAAAAGUCGUUCACACUUGGGAUUACGAUUCCGAGCUGGACAGUUACGAAGUCAAAGACAUUUAUCGUUACAAAUACCGAAACAAAUCAGUGACUCCAUUACAAGUCAUCUUUAAACCAGACGAAGCCGGUGUACUGGGUGUCGGAGAACGGUCUCUUACCGUCCACAGAGUCAACAGUGAUUCGCAGCACAGUUUUAGCCUCACUCCUGAAGGGCAAGAGCCGUUUCAUACCGUCGGUUCCUUUGUGUGGGGUGCAGAUUCACUCUUGUUCGCAUCAACGGAACCCACUAUGGACCAGAAAGCACCCAAUCCACACAAGUUCUGUGGUUUUCAUGGCGCCUUCGACCUCAACAGCCGCGACAAACUGCCGUUGUUUGACUUGGAGACCUCGCCUUCGGGAUACGGGGAAGCUGGGGAUGCAAUGUGCAUCGACGAUUGUGGAAGCCUUGUCGCUCUUGCCACUCAAAAUGAAACCAAAAACACUCUCAGAUUAUACGAUGUGCGUCGGAGGGACGGUAGGGCACGGCGGACAAUCCAGUUGGAGUCGUUCUCGGACAAAUUGCGCGAGGUCACUGCAUCUCUUUCAGUCCCGACGGUCUGUACAUUGCGGUCGGCCGGUGAGUCCGAUAAUCACGCUCACAUCUACGACACGCGGAUGUUCAAGAAGCACGAUCUGCGAGACCGAGACCCGUAUCGACUGCUGGCCGAUUUCAAGCAUUUACCUGGCGAGGAUUUCGGAGUUACAUCCGCUCAAGAGAGAGAGAAAACGGACUGCGGCAUCACUGGCAUGCACUGGGCGGAGAGUCGAGACUUGAAACGGAAUGCAUUGGUCACCAGUGGGGACGACGGUCAUAUUCGACUAUGGAAUCCCGACCAUUCUAAUCAGAAUGGUCAUUACAUCGCGACCACGGACGCCGAUGUAGCUACCUUCGUAGUAGGGAUCGGAGUCUAGGCGAGCACCGGCUCAUUGCAGGAGAUAUGGAUGGCACCGUCUAUGUAUUUGACGAUUAUCCUGACAUCUAGUCAUCAUUGG